AUGGCACCCAAGCAACUCAACUUCAUCACCGGCAACAAGAACAAGCUAGCCGAAGUGCAAGCAAUCCUCGCCCCUACUGGUGUCGACCUCUCAAAUCAAUCUGUGGACUUGCUCGAGAUCCAGGGCACGAUUGAGGAGAUUUCCAAGGACAAGUGCCGUAGAGCAGCUGACACAGUUGGUGGUCCGGUUCUGGUAGAAGACACAUGUCUCUGCUUCGAUGCCUUUGACGAACUCCCGGGCCCAUACGUUAAAUGGUUUAUGCAGUCGCUCGGUGUCAAGCAAUUCCACAAGCUUCUUGCUGGCUUCGAGGACAAGGGUGCUCAGGCCGUGUGUACAUUUGCAUAUUCGGAAGGCCCUGGCCACGAGCCCAUUGUUUUCCAAGGAAGGACCAAAGGCAAGAUUGUCGAGGCUCGUGGACCUACCGACUUCGGAUGGGACGCAUGCUUCGAGUACGAGGGCCAGACAUAUGCUGAGAUGGCCAAGGUUGAGAAGAACAAGAUCUCGCACCGCGGUAAGGCAUUGGCCAAGCUCACCGAGUGGCUCAAUGCACACACCGAGUAA